ACAGAGCGAGAUGUUCUGCUCCCUUUCCUCCCUCUGCUCUGCCGUCCUUGAGAUCCCAAACAGCUCCGCGUGCCACGCCCACGCCGCGGCCGGCAGCCUCCUAGUUUCGUCCUCGAUCUCCUCUACGACUCUCCACCGGCCACCACUUGAAGUUACAACGAGAACGAUAGACACGAGAAGCACGUACGAACCAUGCCCGAGCAAGCGAGCCGCGAUGUGGCGGCAACAAGGCAGAGGAGGCAUGGCCAUGGCCAUGGAGUGAUGGGCGGAGCCCCGCAGGCUGAUGACGGCAGCGGUGUCGCCGACCCAGGAGGGUAUGCGGAGGUUGAUCCCACUGGACGAUAUGGCAGGUACAGCGAGAUUCUUGGCAAGGGCUCCUCAAAGACUGUGUACCGGGGGUUCGACGAGUGGCAGGGCAUCGAGGUGGCGUGGAACCAGGUGCGCCUCCACGACUUCCUCCUGCAGAGCCCCGCCGACCUGGAGCGCCUCUACUACGAGGUCCACCUCCUCGGCGCCCUCCGCCAUCGCGCCGUCAUGCGCCUCCAUUCUUCCUGGAUCGACCCCCGCCGCCGCACCCUCAACUUCGUCACCGAGCUCUUCUCCUCCGGCACCCUCCGCCAGUACAGGGAGAAGCACCGGAUGGUGAGCAUGGCGGCGGUGAAGCACUGGUGCCGGCAGAUCCUCGACGGCCUGGCGUACCUGCACGCCCACGACCCGCCCAUCCUCCACCGGGACCUCAAGUGCGACAACAUCUUCGUCAACGGCAACCAGGGCCAGGUCAAGAUCGGGGACCUCGGCCUCGCCGCCACCGCCACGGCCCAGCACCGCGUCGUCGUCGGCACGCCGGAGUUCAUGGCGCCGGAGGUGUACGGAGAGGCCUACGACGAGCUCGCCGACGUCUACUCCUUCGGGAUGUGCGUCCUCGAGAUGCUCACAAUCGAGUACCCCUACAGCGAGUGCUCCAACCCCGUCCAAAUCUACAACAACGUCGUCUCCGGAAUAAAGCCUGAAGCUUUGUACAGGGUGAAAAACCCGGAGGCAAGGCGGUUCAUCGAUAGGUGUCUGGCCCCGGCGUCCCGGAGGCCUGCCGCGAGGGAGCUGCUCCAUGAUCUUUUCUUGCAGGUUGGAGGAGGCGGCGGCCUCGCUUCAGGGGAUCGAAAUUACGAUCAUGUGCACCUGCACCAGCCUUCUCGCCAGGAGAAGCAUGGCUACAGCAAUGGCGGAUCCGUGACGAGCAACGGGUUAUCGACCGUCGACGACGACGAGGACACGGCGCCGUCGAUAGAAAGAUCGUAUUGCGAAGAGGAUGAGGACGACGACGCCGACAGUAGGUACGGUGGCAUCGACCUGCUGUUCGCCGAGCACGAAGACGAUAACGUUGCUGGCGUGGACAUAAAGAUCAGAGGGAGGAGAAUGGAGGACGGCGGCAUAUUCCUUCGACUCCGCAUCGCCGACAAAGACGGCACAGGUCUCGUUCGGAGCAUCUAUUUCCCUUUCGACACCGACGCCGACACGGCUCUGAGUGUGGCGACGGAGAUGGUGGGGGAGCUGGACAUCAUCGACCACGAGGUGACUCACAUCGCCGGCAUGAUCGACGGCGAGAUCGGCGCUCUGGUGCCGGACUGGGCUGCGGGUCCAGGCCUGGAAGACGACGAAGACGAAGAUGGCGCCCCGGACGCGCCGAGAAGCGCCGCAUGCUGCCAGAACUGCCGAUUGUCGUUGUCCGGCGGCUCGCUCCUCGACAUCAUGUCCUCGGCCGCACACCGUGGCUGCCGGUGCGCUGAGCUGCACGGCCGGUUCGAGGAGAUCACGUUCCAGCAAGCCGACGAAGAGCAGGUGCAUUCGGAGGAUUCAGGAUGCAGCUCGAUUGAGCAUCCCUGAUAACGGCGAGGAAACAAUCCGGCACCGCUAGGUGUGCUCACAUACAUACGUGACUUGAUCGAUGCCUUGCAAGAACAUAGUCUGCAGUCUGGACCGCUGAACAACGCUAUUGGUGUUUGACGCGUCUUUCUAAACGUGUAAAUCUACAGGUCCAUAGAUUGAUUUGAUUCUUCUGUUUCUGAGAUCACAAAAA